AUGGCGUCUCACAUUGCCCAGUCUCGUCUCGCUACGCUUUUCUCAGACUCUGAAGAUCGCAUCGCUACUCAUAAGAAACUGUCCAAGCACUGCCUGAAUGUCCAUCUCCAGGCCAGCAUGACUAUGAUGGAUGAUGUUGUCGUUAAAGUCACGCCGGAGAACAUUGUGAGUUCCAAGCUCGCUCUUGAAGAUAUCAGGGAUGGGUUUUUCCGAUAUGCAGACUCCCUCGGGGACGAAGCUAAAACCCUGGAGCUGGAGACCACUGACUACUCCAAGCCACUGCCCGACAAUGGGCCCAUCACUUAUCCAGCCAAGGCAUUUGGCCUCCCAAAGAAGCGCCCUAGUGGUAUGUUCAUGGACGAGCAGGUCGAGUUGCUGCCGCCUCCAUGGGGGAAGUCUGCGACACCCAAGCCCUCUGUGCCUCAACCAGGCACCCCGCAGUACAACCUGAAGCAACAAACUGACGAUCCCUACUCGGGCCUUGAGCCCAAGGUCAUGGAGCAACAGACCGGCGGUUUCUUCAGCAAUGACCCCAAUGCCCUGCCUCGGAAGAUACCUGACUACUCUAUUCGUACCAACUACUCCAGCUCUAGUAAGGAGCCACUGGCUCUGAAGCAGCAAGGAAGUGGGAACUUCAUGAACCAACCAGCUGCCUCGCUGCAGCAGACAGCCAAUUACUCUCUUCCAACAAAGGAAUCGAACCUUAACAACGAGAAAAAGACCUUGAAGCAACAGCCGAGCAGCUACUUCAUGGAUGAGCCGCAGCCCUCGCAGCAGGAGAUCAGCCACUAUUCAAGCUCAAGCACAUACUCUGUCAGAGAACCAGAUGCUCUGGAUCAGCAGUUGAGCGACUGCUCUCUGCCAGCCGAUGAUUCCAAGAAACUUCCGACUGGCCCAACCAGCUGCUCAACUCCUCUGACCAAGUCCGCCAUUGGCUCGAAGAAAGACCCAUUUGAGGAUUUCGACCCGGAGUUUAUCAAAGCUUUGAACCUGUCUACUAUUCUUCCAGCCAACAGAAGACUGCCAUCGCAUGGUGGGCCUCUGAACCCCACUGCUGACGACUUCGUGCCUUCGCUUCAGGGGUCCGGCCCCCGUACCUACACCGUCAGCAGCGAUGAAUGGGUCAUGAUUCAGUCGACCCCUUCGCCUCUAUCUCCCAUAAAGGUUGUUGCUCAUGGAAUGGACAAUGUCGAUGAAAUGAUUCAUCGAGGAGUUGUUAUGCGCAUCUUUACCAAGAUUUACACCAUGGCAAAGCUCAUGCAAAUGAUUCUUCUGAGCUACGGCGUUGAGGUCGAUGACUCGCCAAAUGGCUUGAUGUUCUGGAUCAGACGCAGUGAGGAACAUGUGAGAUGUCAUGAUAUUGCCGCGCUGAUUGAAAUCGUUGAACACCUCUACUACGUGCUCUAUGCAAGAGUCGUCAUUGAACUCGCCAACAUUGAACUUUGUUCUUCCGUCGAGGACGAAAACUCCCAGAGACGAGCCCAUAGCCGAACCUUCCUCCUUCCAUCGGCCGACCAUCUUUAUCGCAUCAUACUUGCGUUCAAGGACGUGAUGGACUCACGGGACAUCUGCGCAAUCCUUCAGAAAGACGUCGUCGAGCAAUACCAGAGACAAUACAUAAGUUACGCGACUGAAAUAAGUAAUAAGAAAGGAGAGGCACUCUAUGAUCGGUUCGGAUAUCGACGUUACGUGUUAAACAUUGUCAGCAACCGAGAGGGAUCAUAUUGCAUGAAGUGGAAGUCGCUUAUCCCAUUCUUUGAUACCAUCGCUCCAGAUGUCAUCGUGCUACUGUCCGACAAGUAUCGAACUUUGGACCCGGUCAUUGUGCUCCCUGACGAUAUUCCCUACGACGAACUUCCUUUCAUCAACCCAAUCCAGCUGGGACCGGUCACCUGUGAAGAGGAAACGGUCAAGGAUAACCGUCUGGCAUCAUUGGCAAAACUGAAUCAGAUCAGCAUUGGAGAGCAACGUCUCCAGGAUCCCUCGUACCGACCUUACUGGCUGGCAAAGGAGCAGAAGUGCCUCUGCCCAUCUACCUGUCGCUGUUCUGAUGAAUGUAGUUGUGAUGCCGCUCGUUGCUGCCCUUGUUCUGAGCGACAUGUGCGACUCAUGACAACCAUGCGCCGUCACGACUACAGUGGAGCUGGCUUCAUUACUCGAGUCAACACUGCUGCACGCAUGCACUUUUAUGGUUUGAGCUUCCUGAAGCACAACGUUACGGAAAAGGUCAUCAUGGAUGAACUGCAGACUGCGUUUGAUAUGAUCGAAAUGCUGAUUUGCAAGGAACGUCAUGAGCCGGUCCCCCGACCAGUCUUGCGAGCCGCAUCCCGCGACUAA